AUGUCGCCCGGCGCAACGGAAACGUCUUCCGGCCCCUCUCUGUCCGCGAUCGCCCCUCCGCGCACAUCGGCGCUAGACUCGGGCAACGGAACCGGGAAGGUCAAGCGCCUCCACCAGAUCCCCGUCCCGGAGACAAAGUUGGAAGCCCGUCGGUGGCAACUGGAGCAGAUGGCGGCCGCCUUUCGCAUUUUUGCGAAGCUAGGCUUCUCGGACGGCAGCAGUGGACACAUCAGUCUCAGGGAUCCCGUUCAGCCAGACACAUUCUGGAUCAACCCCUACGGCCUACACUUUGGCUUGCUCAAAGUGUCGGACAUGGUCCACAUCGACGACGAGGGCAACCGGAUCGGCGGCGCUGACAAGCCUGUCAACACAGCCGGGUUCAUGAUUCACUCGGCCCUGCACAGCAGGAGACCCGAUAUCAACGCCGCCUGCCACAUGCACAGCCCAUAUGGCCGGGCCUGGAGCACAUUUGGCAGGCCCAUCGACAUGAUUAACCAAGACUCUUGCAUGUUCUACAAUGACCUCUCGGUGUACCCUUCUUUCGGUGGCGUAGUCCUCGCCAAGGAAGAGGGUCAACGCAUUGCUGAGUACCUGGGUCUAACAAACAAGAACGUCAUACUGCAGAACCACGGUCUCCUCACAUGUGGCGGGACCGUAGCGGAGGCGGCUGCCUUCUUCAUUGCUCUGGAGCGUGCCUGUCAGGCUCAGCUCCUGAUCGAGUCCGCAAUCGCGCCUGGGAGCAACGGUCACCUAAGCGGGCUCCAGAAGACCACAGUAGGAGAGGAAGAAGCACAGUACACCAAGGACGGCACCGGAACACCAGAGGUCAUGUAUAUGCAAUUUGUGCCCGAGUACCAGAUGAUUUUGAAGGAGACUGGGGGAGACUUCCUCUUAUAG